AUGGCCGACGUGGACGAGCUCCCUUCGAGCGACGAGGAGGAUGAGGACUACGACCCCACGGCGGAGUUGAAGGCGGAGAAGGCGGAGAAGAAGCGGAAAUUGAAGCAGCAAAAGCUCAAGCAGCCUCGAGGGCGUGGCCAGGCGAUGCUGGCUGGCAAGGAGGACGAUGACGACGACGACGACGACGACGACGCGGAUUUAGACGUCAAUGAGGACGACGACGCGGACGUGGAGUUCGUCGAGGAGGACCUCGGCGCGCUCGGGAAGGUCGAGGAGCUGGGCCCGCGCGCGCGCGACCGGGCAGCCCGCGUGGCCGCUGCGUGGGACGCCCUGAAGAAGCGCACGGCCGUCAGGCCCGCGUCAGCGCCGAAAGAGGCCGAGGAGAAGCAAGAGAUGGACCAGGACGGCGCGGAGGAGGCGGAGGAGGGCCAGGAGGAGCCGGCGCCUGCCCCGAAGCCAGCAGGCGUGGUGGGGGGCUACUUCACGGACGGCCUGAUGGAGAAGAUCGCUCCGGCGAAGCGGCGCGCGACGGGGGACGCGCACUGGAAGCGCGUGCUGUUUGCGGAGGGCGGGGUCAAGAAGGCGCCUGCCCGGGGGAGGGCUGCCAAGGCGACGGGCGGCGCGAGCAUUGCCUUCGCAAUGGACUUCGUGGCUCCGGUGGAGCAGGUCAAGUUCCACAACGAGCGCAUGAAGGUCACGGAUGCGCAGCAGGACGCCGAGCGCGCCGCGCGCGCCGAGGCGGCGGCGGCUGCGGCCCUUGCGCUGAAGCAAGCGCAGGCGCUCAUCCCAGGCGCCCGCACCAAGGACGGCCGCACGGAGAUGGUGGUCAAGGAGACCUUCGCGGGGCGCGAGAUCGAGGUCACGCGCAUGGUCGACGACGGCGAGCGCGAGGCGCUGCAAGAGAAGCAAAAGCGCAUCGCGUCCGGCGGGCUCGAGGCCAUGGUGGCGAACCUGAGCAAGAAGAGCAAGGUCAACGUGCUGGACAAGACGCGGCUGGACUGGGACAGCUACAAGCGGAAGAACACGGAGAUCGAUGAGGAGCUCGAGGCACAUAAGAAGAGUGGUGGGCGGUACUUGGAAAAACAGGAGUUCCUGCGGCAGGCUGAGCUCAGGCAGUACGAGAAGGAGCGGGACGCGCGGCUGGCGUCGGACAUCCGGACGAGGGGGCGCGUGUAG